UCCACGAUGCAACGUAUAGGCGGCAACAAGUUUCUUGAAGCCGGAGCACUAGCUCGAUCGAGAGCUAGUGCUGCAGGGUUCUCCCCAACUUAGAAUCUAGGGUUUGCCAGCAAUGUACUUGCUCUGAUCGGCCAAGCUUAAUCGCCGCGAUAUUUAUUAACUUAUAUUUAUUAAUUUAUUUAAUUUAUGGAGUCCAAUGGCGUCGGCGGCGGCGCGGCGCGGCCGCUCACGGCGUCGAGGCGGCUGCUGGCGCGGAGCGCGAGCACCACGGCGUCGCGCGCCGGCGGCGCCGGCGCGUUCGUCUACGAUGGGAUGCGCCCGGCGCCGCUCUUCUCGUCGACCAACUUCGCGCGGUCCCUCCGUAAGGCGGCCUCGUUCGGCGGCGGCGGCAAGAAGCAGUACAGCGCCGACGACGACGGCGCCGUCGCCGUGAAGGCGGCGGCGCCGCCGCGGCGGGCGCUGAGCAGCAAGGAGAACACCGUGCACGAGCUGGGUACGGCCGCGGCGAGGGGCCCGUGGGAGCCGGCGAGGCGGCCGAGGCGGAGCUCAUCGGGGGGGUCGUCGUCGCCGGAGAACGCCGGGAGCACCAGAGGAUCGGCCGUGCUCAGGGACAUGAUGACGCGGAGGAAGGAGGAGCCCGAGAAGGAGGAGGCGGCGCACCGCGCGCGCAUGCUCGCCGCGCGCUUGCUCCAGUGGCGCUUCGCCAACGCCCGCAUGGAGAAGGCCAUGGCCCGCGCCACCGCCGCCGCCGAGAACAAGCUGUUCUACACGUGGCUGCGGGUGGCGGAGCUCCGGAACAUCCAGGCGGCGAAGCGGAUCGUGGCGCAGCGGCGGCGGCAGAAGCUGAAGCUGGCGAGGCUGCUCCGGCCGCAGCUCUCGCUGCUCGCGUCGUGGGACUCCCUCGCCAAGCCGCACGCCGACGCCGUCGACGACCUCGGCGCCGUCCUCGCCGCCGCCUGCACCGCGCUCCCCUUAGCCGACGGCGCCCAAGGCGACAUGGAGAGCUUGCACGAAGCCAUGUUCGCGUGCGUGGGCACGGUGAACGACAUCGAAGCCAACGCCGACAUGUUCUUCGCCACGGCUGGGGUGACGAGCAGCACGCUGGAAGAACUGUCGACGACGAUAAAGCAGGAGGUGGAGGGCCUGCAGGAAGCCAUGAAGCUGGCAAGGAUUGUCACUAGCUUGCAGGUGCAGGAAGUGAGCCUCCGGGCAAACUUGAUUCAGAUUCAGGCAAAGCAGAAGGUUGACAUGGGAGCAUCUGUCCCGGCGAUUGCAACUUCUGGUUGGUGUUUCUGAUCAUCAAAGUACACGGAGAUGGAGCAGAGUGUCAAUCACUCGCCCACUUAUAUAAAUUAAGAUGCAAAGAGUACUAAUGCUAGUACCAGCGUCACGGACUGACCGGUGAUCUGAGCCGACAUUACUGAUGUUUUUAUGUAUAUGUUCGUGCCUGAAACAAGUAAAUUAAAACAAAAAAUUAGACGAUGACCAAGAAAUUAAAGAUACAUGGUCCCCUGGUUGGCCGGUCGCAUUACUUUCCCAGGUAAAUGUUCAGUUUGUUGGAAGGGCACUAAUUUGUUGGUCUUUUCAUGUUCAUGAAUGUUAAGUUGAUGGAUGGAUGUAAUUCGGUUUGAUUAACAGUGUAUAUAUGUAUCUUACGUAUAUUUAAGGGCGUUGGUGUUCAUGUUGGUGUGUAGAAUUGAAUAUCACAGUUUGUGGAUAGAGAUUGAGUUAUUGAGGUGUAUGCAAUAUGCAUAUUCAGUGUUCACAAACUGUAUAUCAAUUAUUCCUUCAAGGGCUUGUCCUUUGAGUUACCCAAGAGUCAACAAUGAUAUUUGCCCUGUAAAAUA